AUGAGGGAGGAGGAUGGUCUCAAGGAUCUUGCAGCAGCUGAAGAUGCAGAUACAGAAAAGCCGGAGUCCUGCAUUUUCUGCAAGAUAACUUCCAGGUGGAUGUUCAUCUUCCCGGGAACUUGUCAAACUUUCAUCCGGCAGAUGAUGGAGUCUCUCAAGGCAAACAAUCGAUCAAACAAGAGCUGCAGUAAUUCCGAACUGGACAAUGUAGUCAGUGAUGCAAGGAAACUUAUCAAGAAGCCCGAUUCAAACAAGCAUGUAUCUACACGCGCUGAGAGGUCUGCAUACAAUGUACUAAAGCAGUAUGGAUCUGUCUUCUUAAAAGGAAAGUCAGGCUCAGGGAAAUCUACACUUGGUCGAAAGAUUUUAGCAAACGUAUCAAAAGAAAAAGACCGCUUGCCAAUCGUGCUUUCAUCAUGCAAUGAAUGGAAUCUGAUUCCUAAGGUAAAUCACGAGAACCACCAGGGGGGUGAAAGUACUGAACAGAAAAAGUAUGUGGUGUUAAUCGAUGAUAUAUUUGGAUCAAGUAAUCUGGUUGAAUCAGAUGUGAAUAAUUGGGUCAAGUUGUUUGACCGACUUUGGCUAAAUGUGGAAUCAGGUCAUGUAUGGCUUGUCAUUACCUCAAGAUCUGAAAUAUGUUCACAGUGUGAUGCCAAGAUCAGUAAGUACAAACUCAUAAAAACUAUUCAGUGCAUAGUUCUAGAUGAAGGAGAAUAUGUUUUCACACCAAAAGAAAAACUUAAAAUGAUAGAAAAGAUAUGUGGAGAAAAAUUCUUUUCUCAUCAAGAACGUCAUGACAUUGUUAGAAUGCCCACUGUCCUCGGUUUUCCCCAGUGUUGUACAUUCUUUGCAUCAAGCAAGGAAGCACAAUCAAAAGGCAUGGAAUUCUUCAAAAGGCCACAGGAGUUCGUUUCUGAGGAAAUAGCGAGAAUGCAGGAAUGUGAUGGAAUUGGUCACCUUGUCCUCCUUCUCACAUUGAUGAAAGAUGGUACCCUCAGCUCAGAUCAUCUGAAACUCUCUACCUAUAAACAAGAACUUGAGUCCACGGUUGAGUAUCUUAAAGAAUGUUGCAACAUUUCCACAGUUGUCACAGUGACAAACAUUAAAUCAAAGAUAGAGGAUUUCUGUAAAGUGUAUUUAGUGAAAACGGGAAAAGUAUACCAGUUCCAGCAUCAAUCUAUACAUGACGUUGUAUUUAUCAAUAUUUCAAAACGGGAACCUGAAAUUGCUAUACACAAUUGCCCACCAAAGAUGCUGGUGGAAUUGAUGCAUACACAGCAUAUGAACAAGGAUGACUUGGCUGUUAUCCUACCCAGAGACAAUUUCCCUAUAUUAGCUGACAAGAUCACAGAUCUUCUUUUGUCAGAAAGUUACAGUGUCAUACUUGAUCAUCCUUCUUUACGUCAUGAGGAAUUUGUGGAGUUUCUGGUAGAACGUUGGCGGGAAAAUAAAAAGUUAACUAAAGUUAUACAGAAAAAGCACGAGGUGAAAUGUGUUAAGAUGGACGUUCCCUCUUCUGAAGGAGAUGAUUUGCAUUCAAGUUUUGGUUUUUAUCAUAAUUCACUUACCCUUUUCACCUAUACUUCCCUUAUCUCUGAUGUAAUUUUACAGAAGUUGACGUUUCUCCUGAAGAAAAUACUGUCUGACGUGUUCCAUCAAGUUGAUACAAUUGAAUUGCUGGGACCUGCUCUGUAUAUCCAGGAUAACCAGCUAGUGCGAAAGCUGCCAGACAAGUGUACAACACAUCCGUCUGAUUGCUUCCUGGCACUGUGUGUUUCUCCGGCUAUUGAUCAAGAUAUCAAGACACAUCUGACACAGAAUACUACGGAGAUACCUCAGCCGUACGAUGUACUCCUAGUCACUGUGUUAGUUGGAAAUAAGUACUUAGUGAAACAUAUACUACAAUAUCUUAGAAAUGACAAGGAUAUUGUAUCAAGGUGUCAGGAAAUAUUAAAGCUGUCAUUGCUUCAUAAGAGGUGUAACUGUUCAAGCAAUUUUUCUAAUACUUGUCAAGACUCUACCAUCAUGUGUGACAUCUUACACAUGUUGAUAUAUUUGAUACCUGCCAACUGCCCUCUUCAAAAUAUCACAGAUGGAAAAGGUAAUACACUUCUACAUCUGGCAGUUCAGGCAGGAAAUCUUCACUACACUAACAUGUUUUUAAAUGAACAAAAAGGUCAACAUCUGCCAUUAGAUCCACAGUGCGUACACAGGUUGAAUAGAAGUGGAAGUACUCCGCUCCAUCUAGCCGCAGAGAAUGAAAGAAGUGAAACAGUGGAACUACUUUUAGACAAGGGAGCUUGUGUAUCCACACAAAACAAAAAUGGUGAUACUCCUCUACACAUAUCAGCAUUGCGUGGAAAUAGUGAGACAGUAAAACUACUUCUGGACAGGGGGGCAGAUGUAUCUACACAAAACAAAGAUGAGGCUACUCCUCUUUAUCUAGCAGCAUCGCGGGGACAAGUUGAGACGGUAAAACUACUUCUAGACAAGGGGGCUGAAGUAUCAACACACAAUAAUGAUGGUGAUACUCCCCUACACCUAGCAGCACAGUGGGGACAUGGUGAGACAGUGACACUACUUCUUGACAAGGGGGCUGAAGUAUCAACACACAACAAAGAUGGUGAUACUCCUCUACAUGUAGCAGCACAGCAGGGACAUGAUGAGACAGUAAACCAACUUCUAGACAAGGUGGCUGAAGUAUCAACACACAAUAAUGAUGGUGAUACUUCCCUACACCUAGCAGCACAGUGGGGACAUGAUGAGACAGUGCAACUACUUCUUGACAAGAAAGCUGAUGCAUCUACACAAAACAAAGAUGGUGAUACUCCUCUACACCUAGCCGCAGUUUGGGGAAAUAGUGAGACAGUAAAACAACUUGUCGACAGGGGGUCAGAUGUAUAUAAACAAAACAAAGAUGGUGAUACUCCUCUUCACCUAGCAGCACAUUGGGGUCAUAGUGAGACAGUAAAACUACUUCCAAACACGGGGGCUGGUGUACCUACACAAAACAAAGAUGGUGAUACUCCUCUACACCUCGCAGCAUCGCGGGGACAUGGUGAAACCGUAAAAAUACUUAAAAAAACGGGGGCUGGUGUACCUACACAAAACGACGAUGGUGAUACGCCUCUACAUCUAGCAGCAUCGCGAGGACAUAGUGAGACAGUGGAACUGCUUCUAGACAAGGAGGCUGAUGUAUCUUCACAAAACGAAAAUGGUGAUACUCCUCUACAUCUAGCAGCAUCGCGUGGACAUGGUGAGACAGUGGAACUACUUCUAGAUAAGGAGGCUGAAUUAUCUACACAAAACAAUAAUGGUGAUACUCCUCUACAUCUAGCAGCACAUUGGGAUCAUAGUCAGACAGUGGAACUACUUCUGGACAAGGAGGCUGAUGUAUCUUCACAAAACAAAACUGGUGAUUCUCCUCUACAUCUAGCAGCAUCGCGGGGACAUGGUGAGACUGUAAAAUUACUUCUAGACAAGGGGGCAGAUGUACCUACAAAAAACAAAGAUGGCGAUACUCCCCUACACGUCGCAGCACAUUGGGGACAUAGCGAGACAGUGGAACUAAUUCUAGCUAAAGAGACUGAAGUAUCUUCACAAAACAAAGAUGUUGAUACUCCUCUGCACCUAGCAUCGCGGGGACAUAGUGAGACAGUGAAACUACUUCUAUCUGCACAAAACAAAGAUGGUGAUACUCCUCUGCACCCAGCAGCAUCGCGGAGACAUAGUGAACCAGUGAAACUAGUUCUAUCUGCACAAAACAAAGAUGGGUAUACUCCUCUAAACCUAGCAGCAUCGCGGGGACAUAGUGAGACAGUAAAACUGCUUCUAGACAAUGAGGCAGAUGUAUCUGCACGAAACAAAGAUGGCAAUACUUCUCUACACCUAGCAUCAUCGCGGGGACAUAGUGAGACAGUAAAACUACUUCUAUCUGCACAAAACAAAGGUGAUGAUACUCCUCUACACCUAGCAGCAUCGCGGAGACAUAGCGAGACAGUGAAACUACUUUUAUCUGCACAAAACAAAGAUGGUGAUACUCCUCUACACCUAGCAGCAUCGCGGGGACAUAGUGAGACAGUGAAACUACUUCUAUCUGCACAAAACAAAGAUGGUGAUACUCCUCUACACCUAGCAGCAUCGCGGGGACAUAGUGAGACAGUGAAACUACUUCUAUCUGCACAAAACAAGGAUGUUGAUACUCCUCUACACCUAGCAGCAUCGCGGGGACAUAGUGAGACAGUAAAACUUCUUCUAGACAAGGAGGCAAAUGUAUAUGCACGAAACAAAGAUGGCAAUACUUCUCUACACCUAGCAGCAUCGCGGGGACAUAGUGAGACAGUGAAACUACUUCUAUCUGCACAAAACAAAGAUGGUGAUACUCCGAUACACCUAGCAGCAUCGUGGAGACAUCGUGAGACAGUGAAACUAGUUCUAUCUUCACAAAACAAAGAUGGGUAUACUCCUCUAAACCUAGCAGCAUCGCGGGGACAUAGUGAGACAGUAAAACUGCUUCUAGACAAUGAGGCAGAUGUAUCUGCACGAAACAAAGAUGGCAAUACUUCUCUACACCUAGCAUCAUCGCGGGGACAUAGUGAGACAGUGAAACUACUUCUAUCUGCACAAAACAGAGAUGGUGAUACUCCUCUACAACCAGCAGAAUCGUGGGGACAUCGUGAGACAGUGAAACUACUUCUAUCUGCACAAAACAGAGAUGGUGAUACUCCUCUACAACCAGCAGCAUCGCGGGGACAUAGUGAGACAGUGAAACUGCUUCUAGACAAGGAGGCAAAUGUAUAUGCACGGAACAAAGAUGGCAAUACUCCUCUACACCUAGCAGCAUCGCGGGGACAUCAUGAGACAGUAAAACUACUUCUAGGCAAGAAGGCAGGUGUAUCUUCACAAAACAAAGAUGGUGAUACUCCUCUGCACCCAGCAGCAUCGCGGAGACAUAGUGAAACAGUGAAACUACUUCUAUCUGCUCAAAACAAAGAUGGUGAUACUCCUCUACACCAAUCAGCAUCAUGGGGACAUAGUGAGACCGUAAAACUCCUUCUAGACAAGGAGGCAGAUGUAUUUGCACGAAACAAAGAUGGCAAUACUUCUCUACACCUGGCAGCAUCGCGGGGACAUAGUCAGACAGUGGAACAAAUUCUAGACAAGAAGGCUGAUGUAUUGUCACCAAACAAAGAUGACAAUACUUCUCUACACCUAGCAGCAUCGCGGGGACAUAGUGAGACCGUAAAACUACUUCUAGACAAGGAGGAAGAUGUAUCCGCACCAAACAAAGAUGGCAAUACAUCUCUACACCUAGCAGCAUCACGGGGACAUAGUGAGACCGUUAAACUACUUCUAGACAAGAAGGCUGGUGUAUCUUCACAAAACAAAGAUGGUGAUACUCCUCUACACCUAGCAGCAUCAUGGGGACAUAGUGAGACUGUAAAACUCCUUCUAGACAAGGAGGCAGAUGUAUUUGCACGAAACAAAGAUGGCAAUACUUCUCUACACCUAGCAACAUCGCGGGGACAUAGUCAGACAGUGGAACAAAUUCUAGACAAGAAGGCUGAUGUAUUGACACCAAACAAAGAUGACAAUACAUCUCUACACCUAGCAGCAUCGCGGGGACAUAGUGAGACCGUAAAACUACUUCUAGACAAGGAGGAACAUGUAUCUGCACCAAACAAAGAUGGCAAUACUUCUCUACACCUAGCAGCAUCGCGGGGACAUAGUGAGACCGUUAAACUACUUCUGGAAAAGAUGGCUGGUGUAUCUGCACCAAACAAAGAUGGUGAUACCCCUCUACACCUAGCAGCAUCGCGGGGACAUCAUGAGACAGUAAAACUACUUCUGGACAAGAAGGCUGGUGUAUCUGCACGAAACAAAGAUGGUGAUACCCCUCUACACCUAGCAGCAUCGCGGGGACAUCAUGAGACAGUAAAACUACUUCUGGACAAGAAGGCUGGUGUAUCUGCACGAAACAAAGAUGGUGAUACCCCUCUACACCUAGCAGCAUCGCGGGGACAUAGUGACACAGCAAUACUACUUCUAUCUACGAAACACAAAUGUGGUAAUACUCUUCUGCGCCUAGCAGCAUCGUGGGGACAUAGUCAGACAGUAAAACUACUUCUUACUACAAAAAAUAAAGGUGGUAAUACUCCUCUACACCUAGCAGCGUUCUGGGGACAAAAUGAGACAUUGAAACUACUUCUAGACAAGGAAGCUGUUGUAUCUGCACACAGCAAUGAUGGUGAUACCCCAUUACAUCUAGCAGCAUCGCAGGGAAAAAGUGAGACAGUAAAGCUACUUCUAUCAUCACAGAACAAAGAUGGCAAUACUCUUCUACACCUAGGAGCAUCGCGGGGACAAAUUGAGACAGUGAAAGGACUCCUGGAUGAGGGGGCUUGCAUAUCCACACAAAACAAAGAUGGUAAAACUCCUCUAAACCUAGCAACAUCGCAGGGACGUAGCGAGAUAGCAAAACUGCUUCUAGACGAGGAGGCUAAUGUAUCUUCACAAAACAAAGAUGGCGAUACUCUUCUACACCUAGCAGCAUCACGGGACAUCGUGAGACAGUAAAACUACUUCUAGACAAGGGUUUGGGGGGUGGCAGAUAUAUCCAUGUAAAACAAAAAUGAUGACACUUCUCUACCCCUAGCAGCAUGGUGAGACAGCAAACGACUCCUAGACUCCGAGCUGAAGGAUGAAAUCCCUGUCAAUAUCCUGUCUCCAAGCUGUGUAAAACAAUUCCUCCUGUCAGUAAGUGGGUGGGUACAAUUGAUGAUACAUUGACUGCAUGAAUGCAAGGAGAAAGUUACUUACUAAGAAGCCGCCAGAAGCUUCGUAUUACCCGCCCUACAAGGGAGAUAACUGAUCUGUCUCCUCUACCUCAGACAAUAGCUCAAAUCAUGCCUGCGGCUCAUAUUCCAUGACUUAUCGACCAUGUGCAUAUAAGUUCCGGCAGAAUCUUUGCUACUAACUUUUGUUUCAUUUUGAGGUGCAGGUUUGGUAUACUUUCACACUGACAUUUGUUCCGGUCACACAAGAUUUUCAUACACAUAUGUUCUACCUUGUGGAACUGUCAAGUGUCUAAAAGCGCGAUUUUUCUUGGGCUAUACUAAAAACUGGGCCCUGGUUCUUUUGGGGAGGGGGCGGGGAGGGAUAGAGAAGGGAUGCAUGAAUUUAAAGCAUGGAACAAAUACUUGCAAUAUAUUUGUUCCGAUCAGAACAAAUGCUCUGUGUGUGAAAGUUCUUAUUUGACAUUUCCGUUUACAUUUU